AGGUCUCUGGCUUCGUCCGGUGUUCUGACUGUAAUGGUCUUCAGGAGACUCCAGGACACUACAAAUUCUGGCGACGAAGGUUCAGACUACUGAAGCAAGCAGGUGGCGUUGUCCAAGUUGCUGAGGCCAGAGCUAAAUUUGGGAAGGAAAGAUCCAGUGCGAAUGUGGAGACCACACCUAAGCAUACAAGGCGUAUGGUGUCGAUUCCAUACGGGAUAACGUAUAGUGACACACAAAUUCAAGAUCUGAAGCACCAAAUGAGGAGUGAAAUGGCGUGCACAGUGCGAAAUUAUGACUAGAUAAGUUCCCUCAUGAAAGAGACGUACGAGCAGAGGCACAAGUGGAUCGUGGACACGCAUCCAACGACUGCUGACGUCCUUCAAGAUUAUCCUGCUGUCGCACUCCCAGAUAUGAUACAUCAGGAAUUUACUCUAAUGACAGGAGUCAACGCAGACGACAAUUUGCUGCAGAUAAUAAACCUGAUUGGGGAGAAGUGCAUUGAGCUUGUCAGGUCUCGCAGGUAUGCAAAGGAAACUGUGAAGGAAAUGGACGAAGAUCUCGCAGUGCUGACGGGUGAUACACAAAAAUACUGUUUUGAGGUUAAUGUUCUUCGCCUGCUGCCGUCAUUGCUGAAAGAACAUCCGGAGUUCUUGAAAGCUACUGUGUAUGAUAAGCACACAAGGAAGCACUUGCACAGGCGGCUGUGCUCGUGUCUCUUUUCAGCUACUUAAACACGCUUGCACUGCUUUUGUCUAUUGCAUCAGCUGAUUUUUACGUUUACUUAUGUUAUGUUUCCACAAAGGGUGUUUCUUACAUUAUCUAAGUUGUGCAAUUGUAAGUGUGCAAUUUUCUGCUGUCUACAUUUUACAAUUACGUAGUAAAGCCAA